GUUUUAAAUUCAUUCUUUAUCUUCUUUCCCCUUUUGAUCCAGUCACAUGAAUAACAAUUCAAUUAGUGGACAAAUCCCUCCACAGCUUGGCAGAUUACCAUGCCUUGUUCACUUGCUUCUUGACAAUAACAACUUAUCAGGGUAUCUUCCAGCAGAGCUUGCCCAAUUGCCACAUAUAGGCAUCCUUCAACUUGAUAACAACCACUUUGAUGAUGGGACCACUAUUCCAGAAUCGUAUGGAAGCAUUCCCAAAUUAUAUAAGUUGAGUCUCAGGAAUUGCAACUUGCAAGGAUCAAUCCCCGACGUAAGCAGGAUGCGCAGCCUUAAUUAUCUGGACCUGAGUUCAAACCAUCUAAGUGGACCCAUUCCUACUAGCCCGAUUUCAAAGAAGAUCACAACCAUCAAUCUAUCCAACAAUGAGCUUAAUGGAACUAUUCCUGCCAGCUUUUCGGGUCUACCUGCUCUCCAUAAUCUAACAGGACUCAAAAUGCAUCAGAGAUUCUUACAGUAAUUAGGCAUCUCUUCAUCAUCACCAGGCAUAAGUCGAGGUGCAUUGGUUGGCAUCAUACUGGGGACCUUUGGUGGGGCAGUUAUAUUGUCUGUAAUUGUUUCACUUAUUAUCUUGAGAAGGCGCCUGAGGAAAUACCGUGCAGUUGCAAAACGACGUCAGGCGUCCAGAGCCUCAUUAAAAAUUGAUGGUGUGAAGAGUUUCACAUAUGGAGAAUUAGCCUCAGCAACAAACAAUUUUGAUAGCUCUGCUCAAAUUGGCCAAGGUGGGUACGGAAAGGUUUAUAGGGGCACUCUGGCUGAUGGCACUGUUGUGGCCAUAAAACGUGCACAAGAGGGGUCGUUACAGGGUGAAAAGGAGUUCCUAACUGAAAUACAGUUGUUGUCAAGGUUACAUCAUCGGAACCUUGUUUCUUUGCUUGGUUAUUGUGAUGAAGAAGGUGAACAGAUGUUGGUGUAUGAGUAUAUGGCCAAUGGCACCCUGCGGGAUCAUCUUUCAGGUACACCUUGCAUUCUUCAGUUCAAUUUGCAUUUUACGCUAGAAAGACUAAAGAACCUCUGGGUUUUGCAAUGAGGUUGAGAAUUGCCAUUGGUUCAUCCAGGGGAAUCCUCUACCUACAC